AUGACUUUCUCUUCCGCUGUUACCAGAGCCGCAAGCUCAUCCUCUGCAAUCUCAUUCCAGGAUUACCUUGAGGUGUCCGCCUUGCUUUUCGACUGGGGCGACAGCUACGACGCAAAAGACUGGCCUCGGCUGCGCCGCAUCAUCGCUCCGACCCUCUACGUCGACUACUCAAAGAUCGGCAAGGACAUCUGGGAAGCCAUGUCGGCAGACGACUUCGUCGCCAUGGUGUCCGACGACGACUUUCUCGGCGACCCUUGCGUCAAGACGCAGCAUCUGCUCGGCGCGACCCGCUGGGAGCGCAUCUCGGCAACGGAGAUUAUCGGACAUCACCAGUUGAGGGCUGCGCACCAGGUUUAUACCGCGCCGGACUUGAAGACGGUGAAAUUGCACGGCCAUAGUCACGCUACCAACAAGCACUACUACACUAAGGUUGAUGGCGUGUGGAAGUUUGCUGGUUUGGCUCCGUUGGUUCGAUGGAAUGAGCAUGAUUUCGAAAAGGUCUUUAAAGGGUCCUUUAUCGCCUGA